ACCAAUUAGAUUGCUGAAGACUCUUUGUUCAGCUCUGAAAUUACAGUAAAAAUUGGGAUAUUCCGGACUGAUAAGCGCUCGUCCUCUCCCGCAAGCCCCACCAAAAUACGGCUAUCAUAUACCAAGUGUUUACCGGGGAAUUGUAAUAUGCCGCAUUCCCCAAGAGUGUGGGCUCAUAUGAUUAGAAACCUACGCGGAAGGUAAUCCUGCUACGUGGUUGAAUGUAUUCGCCACUUCUGUAGUAAAACUCAUGGUAUUCAACAUGUCGUCGACGGUUUUCCUUCUCUCGUGGGCGGCCACAAUUGCGACAAUUGGUCUUUUCCUUUCUGGCAUAAUCAGUUGUAAAAUGAUGGUCAGGAGUGGAAGCACUGAAAAUGUCCCUCUCUUGCCUUUUGUCACCACUUUUCUCAAUUGCAUGAUGUGGGCCAGUUAUGGUAUCCUUAAAGAUGAUGCAACUAUAGUCCCAGUCAAUUUAACGGGAAUGUUAUUACAAGUUCUUUACAUUCUAUGUUUCUUCUUUUAUUGUAAACAUAAGGGUAAUGAAGUUAAAAGUGUACUGUAUGGAGCAAUUGUAUCAGUGGCUCUGUAUCUUUACUUAAUGCAUUAUGUAACAGAUGAAGAUCAGAGGCUUGCAAACCUUGGAUUUGCAUGUGUAUUCUUCACUGUUGUAAUGCAAGCUUCACCAUUGGCAGCAGUGGCUGAAGUUGUGAGAACCAAGAGCACUGAAUCAAUGCCUUUUUUAUUUUCCUUCAUGAUGGUUGUUGUGUCUUUUCUAUGGCUCUGUUAUGGAACAGCUGUUGAAGAUGUAAACAUCCAGGUGCCCAAUGCCAGUGGAGUACUACUGGGUCUUAUUCAACUGAGUUUGUUCUGUAUAUACCCUUCCAAGCCUCCCAAACAGUAACAUCGACAUGCUACUUUGACUUGUGGAACCAUAACUUAUAGUUGUAAAAUUGUUGUCCAACUUGAAAGUCAGGGUACACAGUGCCCGAGGGGAACCCCCAAAUGAAUUGGUCGGGGAUGCUCAUUGUCUCACUUAGGGGUGUAAAUCAAGGAUUCUGGUCUCACUUAGGGUGUUCAAGAUGAAACGCCGCUAUUUGUAGCUGUCAAAGUAUCUUUUAGGGUGCGCUUUAGGAGAUAGCAUA